AUGGGCUCCGUGUCCAACCAACAGUUUGCAGGUGGCUGCGCCAAGGCGGCGGAAGAGGCGCCGGAGGAUGCGGCCCGGGCGGUAGAGGAACCGCAGCUGCUGCAUGGUGCCGGCAUCUGUAAGUGGUUCAACGUGCGCAUGGGGUUCGGCUUCCUGUCCAUGACCGCCCGCGCCGGGGUCGCGCUCGACCCCCCGGUGGACGUCUUUGUGCACCAGAGUAAACUGCACAUGGAGGGCUUCCGGAGCCUGAAGGAGGGAGAGGCAGUCGAGUUCACUUUUAAGAAGUCUGCUAAGGGCCUGGAAUCAAUCCGUGUCACGGGACCUGGCGGGGUGUUCUGUAUUGGGAGUGAGAGACGGCCAAAGGGGAAGAACAUGCAGAAGCGCAGGUCAAAAGGAGACAGGUGCUACAACUGUGGAGGUCUAGACCAUCAUGCCAAGGAAUGCAAGCUGCCACCCCAGCCCAAGAAGUGCCACUUCUGCCAGAGCAUCAGCCAUAUGGUAGCCUCAUGUCCAAUGAAGGCCCAGCAGGCCUCUGGCUCACAGGGAAAGCCAGCCUACUUUCGGGAGGAAGAAGAAGAGAUCCAAAGCCCUGCCCUGCUCCCAGAGGCCCAGAAUUGAGCCACAGUGGGUGGGAUCAAUCCUUCUGCUAUCAGGAAGUUUUAAGGAGCAGGCGUCAAUUGGCAGAGAGUGGAGAAAGUGGGAUAGAGGGUGGGUAGGGGGCAGCUGGCACUGCCGUGUAUCUCAGGACGGGGUCCAUAGCAUCACCCCCUCUUCCCUCUUGGUCGGGGGGAAGGAGUGAAGCAAAGGAACUCCAACCAUCUUUAUCCAAAUGCAACUGAGGGCUUUCAGGAGAAAUCCCCCUAGAGCCUGCCAGCUUUAUCUGAGGCUCCAUUCCCAGAAUCUCUGACUUUUGUUGAAAGUGGCAUGGAUAGGGGAGUUUUCCUUUUAGAGAAGGAUAUAUAAUUUCCCAUGCCAGAGUAUGAAAAAAUUAAGCAUGAGACCAGUCUGUUGGACCCAACCCAAAAGCCACUACAUUCUGUGGGGGGGCAAUCUCUUAGGGGUGGGGCAGAGUUUUUUCCACGUCUUAUCCCCUCAUAGCCCAUUCUUGGGACAGGGUGCUGGAACUGUCCCAAGCAGUGGGUUGUGAUGAGAGAAAAAAAGAGGUGGUUGGGGAACAGCUGCAGACCUGCUGCUCCUAAGUUUACUCCCACCCCAUUCUG